UUGUAGUAACCAGGGUUUGAUUUUGAUCAAGUUUGAACAUCAACGCGCAUUUAUUACCAUUGUUAAUGCUUAUGAAUGUCACUAUCCUUGUUAAAUGCUUCAUUUAUUACUGGCUGCGUGUGUUGUUGAAACGCAAUAAUUGUUAGCGUCAGUCGCUUUGGAUUUCGAAACUCAUUGAAUGCGUUUGUGGUUGUUGGGAUUGGAAGGAGUGAUUUAUUUCAAGAAGAACAAGUUGUUGGUUUUACUUUUACUUGAAAUAGUUACUUGCAUUUCAUGGAUUGGGAUCUAUGGAGUCCAUCUUCUGAUAUAGUUUCCUAUGAUGGUGAUUACUCCGAGAUUCUCAAGUGGCACUGUGAUUACUUUGGCCGUGGCGGUGGCUGUGAUGAGAUUGAAGAAGAUGCCUUGAAUGCGGAAUCCUGUGUUCAGGUUUUGAGAAUUUUGAUCACUAAAGCGGAUACUGAAAUUGAUGAACUGGAAAAGGAUCUCUUGUGCCUUCAGAAUGAAUUGGCCUGGACUGAGAAUGAAAACUGGCCUGAAAUAUGCUGUAGUGCUUUGACCGAAAGAAUCAACCAGCUUGAUGUUGCCGUUACUGCUUUGAAGAGUGAUCAUGCUGAUGAUACAGAGGUGCAGCUACUGUUGCAUAGUAAACCUGCUGAGACACUUGAUGAAAUAGUGAAGGCUCUACAUCAAGAUCACUGCCAAGAUACACAUGUCCAGCAGCGUCUAGAUGAGAACAUCCUGAAUCCAAUUGUGAAUGUUACGGAUCAUGCACCGGACAAUGAUUCUAACAAUACUGAUGCAAAUGUUAUCAUAAGGGAGGGAGGAGAAGAAGACUUUGGAACCUCAGAAAACUCUAGAAGCUCAGAGCUUCUUCCGGGGCUUCAUGAAAAGAGAUCAGAUGAUCCUAAAAAGAGCAAGGAAUUGCUUGCAAUAUCUCUUGUGAGAAGUCCUGAUUUGGGGGUUGUUAGCUGCGUACCUUACCAUUCUGAUAGGAUGAUAUUAUCUGAUACAUUAGAUGAUAAAGUUACUGAAGAUGAGGAUGUUGGGCAAAACCAACUCAUUACUACAGAUACAUGCCAAAUCUUGAUUCCAUUUUUGUCCAAGGAAGAAAAUACAACUCUCAAAGAAGACGUCUGUUCCGAUGGCUAUAAAUUUUCCACUAUCAAAGGGAACAAACUCCAAACUACUGAGUCAGAUCAAAUCUUGAAUCCAUUCUUGUUGAAGGGAAAUGAAAGUAUUCCAAAUGAAACCAAGGAAGAAAAUAUAACUGUUAUAGAAGAUUUCUGCUCAGAUGAUCACAGACUUGCUAUUACCAAGGGUAGCCAACUCAUUGCUACAGAGACAGGUCAAAUCUUGAAUCAGUUUUUGCCUAAGGAAAAUGAAAAUAUUCGAAGUGAAGCCAAGGAAGAAAGUACAACGCUCAUAGAAAAUGUCUGCUCAGAUGAGUGUAGGCUUGCAAUUGUCAAAGGAAGCAUUACUGCAGAGUCAGGUCAAAUCUUGGAUCCAUUUUUGUCCAAGGAAAACAAAAACAUUCCAAGUAAAACCAAGGCGAAAACCCUUUUCCCCUCUAAUAGAAACAAAAAUAUUCCAAGUGAAACCAAGGAAGAUAAUACGAAUCUCCAAGGAAAUGAAUGCUCAGAUGAUUAUAGACUUGCAAUUAUCAAAGGAAGCGUUACUGCAGAGUCAGGGCAAAUCUUGCAUCCGUUUUUGUCCAAGGAAAACAAAAGUAUUCCAAGUGAAACCAAGGAAGUAAAUAUAGCCGUGAAAGAAAAUGUCUGCUCAGAUGAUCAGAGACUUUCUUUUAUCAAAGGGAGCCAACUCAUUGCUAAAAGUGCAGGUCAAAUCUUGAAUCCAAUUUGGUCUAAGAGAAACAGAAAUAUUCCGAGUGAAACCAAGGAAGAUAAUACGAAUCUCCAAGGAAAUGUGUGCUCAGAUGAUUAUAGACUUGCAAUUUUCAAGGAGAUAAAAAUGCAUUCUCAUUCCAGAUUUGGUACUAGUCAACAAGAAGAAAGUGAAAAUUUUGAUUUAACUAAAAAGUUGUGUGAUUUUAUUCCAAAAACUGCACGAAGAGGCUGCAGGAAAGAAUCCAAGGUUGCUCCAGAUGAAGAUUUGGAAUCUAUGCGUAAUUUUGUUCCGAAAACUGCACAAAGAGCCUGCAAGAAAGAACCCGUGGUUGCUCCAGAUGAGGAUUUGGAAUCUAUGGAUGCACCCUUACAAGUUGUUUUUCCUCAAAAUUUGUGUUUUUCUGAUACAGAAUCAAGUGCCAUUAAAAAAAAUAAUGUCAACAAUGCUCUGCAAGUGCUAGACCUAAAAGCCGAAGUGGCUGCUAAAUUCAGCAAGUCCUAUAAACGUCAGGGAAAGAAGAAACCAGAAUUUGAGGCAUGUUCUGCCAGAGAAUCUCUUAACAGUCCCGCAGAAGUUAUUCCAAGUGCAUCUAAGAGUGUAUCAACCAAGAGGCAACGGAAACCGAAAACCUGUACUGCUGGUACAAUCAAUGAGCCCAUGGAUAGUAAAAUUGCUGAGAGGGCUGUGAAACCGGGCAAGCAUGAAAUUGAUGAUAAUGUUGUUGAUCUUGAUGACAGCGAUUAUACACCAACCAAGAGGCAGCGGAAACCCAAAACCUGUACUGCUGAUAAAAUCUUAAAUGAGCCCAUGAAUAGUAAAAUUAGUAAGAGAGCUCUGAAACCAGGCAAGCAUGAAAUUGGUGGUAGUAAUAUUGUUCUUUAUGACAAUGAUUAUGCUUCAAGCAAGAGGCAGCGGAAACCAGAAACUCAUACUGCUGGUAUGAUCUUUAAAGAGCCUAUGAAUAGUAAAAUUAUUAAUUGGACUGUGCAGCCGGGCCAGCAUGAAACUGUUGGUAAUGCUGUUGUUCUUUAUGACAACGAGUUUUCUGAAUUACAAGAGAAAGGACAAGAUUCAGAGUUGUCAAUUACCUCAGAAGUACAAAAUUCAAUUGUUAACUACUUUGACACAACAAAUAUGGACCGGGUUCCAUUGGAUGUAAUGCCGCAUGCGCUGGUGGAUUCUCAUAAUGAUAGCUCAGCUAUGCUCCCUGUUUACACGACAGAAACCUUGAUGGAAAAGGCAUUGCCUGAGUUGAAGUCCAUGGCAAGGGAACACAAAAUAUUAAAGUACUAUAAGCUUAAGAAAGCAGAUUUGAUUGAACAACUAGUUGAGCGACUCAGCAGCUGCUGAACUUACUAGUGGGCUUGAUAGUGUUAGCCCAUUUUUGCAUUUCUCUUUUGGGUAUCAUUUUUUGGUUAGGUCCAGUGCUUCCACGAAGUUUGGCAUACGAUUCUGACAUAGUUGUGAAAAAUACGUAGGCACGCAGAAAUGGAUUUUGUGAAAGGAUUUUGUACAGCCUAUAGAUAAAAUACUUUGUAAAUGAAAGGAAGUAUAGGUUUUCUUCCUUGUAGCUGGGUUAGUCUUUGCAGCCUCAUUAGAGACUUGAAACUUUGCUGCUUAUGUCCAUAUUGAUCUGCUUUGUGAUCCAAAGCCAUGAUACAAUUCAAAUACAUUAAACAGCUAAGCAUACUUUUUGCUGAUUAAGUUUUA